GGAUACAGACUGGAAAUUAGUUACUGACUUCACACAAAGUUAGUUUAGAUCUGGGAUCAGACGGGCUACAGUUGUUCCAUCCUGAACCUUUGGUCAAUAUUGGACCAAUUCAGAUCCUGAGUUUGGGACUGACCAUCCCUGACACUGACUGGAUAUGGUACUGACUUUGUAGACGUUUAGCCCAACAAUGAAUGAAAGUGAAUUACGUGUCAUUGUGACAGAGCACAACACUGCACAUAUGUGACCUCUGUGUUGAACCCAUCACCACAGUGAGCAGGGGGGGGCUCAAGCACCUGCACAGCAGUAUCUGGGAACAGUGCACCUGAGCAUGGCACUGGUUGACUUGAACCUGCAACCUCCCAGCUCCCAGUCUGCUUUGUUAACCACCAAGGCUCCACUGCCCUCAUCAUAUCCAUAUGAGACCAGGCGCAUGUGAACAUGAGCUCUUUCCAAAAUGAUGCUGCUCUAUUUCUGAAAUGCUGGUGGAAAUGCUAAACAAACAACUCAAUUUCCUUCACUCGCUAUAAACACCAACAAUAAUUAACACCAAUUAUAAUAAGGUCAUCACUUUCUCGACUAGUUUGGUCUUUUACCACCUUUCCUGCCUAAGGCCAGGCAUACCGUACGAUUUUUGAAAAUCUGUCAUUGGUACCAUUGACAUUGAUACCAUCACACACUGUACGAGUAAUCGUCUACGACGUACGGACAAAGCUCUCAAUUCAUGUACUCACACUGUGCGGGUGAAAACGGCCCGUCAGAAAUUCUUCCAACUGUCUGACGGUGGUUCAGGAACAGAUAAUCGGCCCUUGUUACCCCGUGUAAACUGUAUGGAAAAAGACACCCGAUGAAACGUGAAAUCGGACUGUGCAUCGCCAGGUCGUGCGUCUCAAAAAUUGGGUCAAAAACAAGCUGAAACCGUACAGUGUAUGCCCGGCCUAAGGCUACGUUCAUGUUCACAUUGGAGAUUGUGACCACCAUAAGUCUUCAGUGUGAACAGCCCUUCGUUGACCCACCUGUGUGAGAAAAGACACCCUGGUCACAGGUGGUGUUAACCAAAGUAACAUAUCACUGUAUAUCAGUUUGAAAGCUGUCAAUCAGUGCCAGUCAAGAGCCCUGGCUCAGAUUCUAUUUCACACCGACCCCAUACAUGGACUGAAGAUGGGAGAAACAUUCAGUAGAUGUUAUUCACCUUUACACAUUACCAAUGAAAAACUUAAAAUUCCAAUGCACCUUGUGGUUGUUGGUUGAAGCAGGUGAAUAACACCUACAUGUUCUGUCAGUACAAACCUGAACCACAGAGGAUCCAUUUAUCCCAUCUCAUAUUCUGAUAAUGGAUAAACACCUUCAUCAGCCCAUGUAUCUUAUAUGUUGCAACUUGUCUGUCCUGACCUAACAAGGUAUGACUUUGAGUCUGAAUUUGACCAGGUGAAGGAGUAAUGUUUGUAUAGGUGACAAUUCUCCUUUUGUCUAACUAAAGUAAGUAGUUUGUCUACUGAUACACCGUAGUGUAAUAAUUACAGUCUCACUAUGUAACCACUACUACAUGUUGCUCAAUGAUUUCCCUAAUGUAUAGUAGAUGAAUUGCAUAAAAGUACAGGAGGUCUUUGUUGGUUGGGGUUUCUCAGCUGCUCUGCUCAGUGAAUGAUGACCGUUGGUCACAAAGCAGGUGUAAUUUGAAUUAGAAAAGUUAUUUGUUUAAUAUUAGCCAAUCCUAGACAAGCAUGUAUAUUUUCUAAAUCUUAAUUUCUAACAAAAAGUGAUUCUUCAUCACAGCCGACACCAGUGUAAUAGAAUCAAAUAUGAUGUAAGUAACAACUGAUAUAAUAACGUCUCUUUGUUUUCAGGUCGAUGGAGAACUUCACAUCCAACAGUUUCACUCUUCGGAUGGAGGGUUUAAAGAUCACAAAGAGAUUCGUGUACCCCGUCUUUUUCAUGUUCCUAAUCUCCUACAUUGUUGUUAUUGUUCUGAAUGUGGGUAUUUUGAUUAUCAUUAUCAUUGACAAACACCUUCAUCAGCCCAUGUAUCUUCUCUUCUGCAACCUGUCCGUCAGUGAUAUCAUCGGAAGCACUCAUAUCAUUCCUCGGCUGCUGUCUGAUAUUUUACUGCCUCCCUCUGAACGUCUCAUCACUUAUCAGGAGUGUGUAGUUCAAGCUUUCACCACACAGCUGUUUGGCUGCACUUCCCACACGUUGCUAAUGAUCAUGGCCUUCGACAGAUACGUAGCCAUCUGUAAUCCUCUGCGCUACACGUCCGUUAUGACCAACAAAGUGGUGAUCAAACUGACAGUGUUUGCCUGGGGAGUGGCCUUUGUUCUGGUUUCUAUAUUGCUUGGUCUCUCUAUAAGACUGAGUCGAUGCAGGAAUGUGAUAAAAAACCCGUUCUGUGACAAUGCUUCACUGUUUAAACUGUCCUGUGACAGUGUUUUUAUUAAUAACGUCUACGGCCUCACCCUCACCGUGAUCCUGCUCACAGCUUCUGUCGGCAGCAUGGUCUUCACCUACGCUAGGAUCACAGCCGUCUGUCUGACCAGUAGAAACAAGUCUGUGAACAGCAAAGCCUUAAAGACCUGCAGCACUCAUCUGCUGGUGUACAUUAUCAUGUUGUUGAGUGGAUCUGUUAUCAUUACGUUGCAUCGUUUUCCUGAGUACUCCGACUACAGAAAACUUGCUGCAGUUCUUUUUGUCAUCGUGCCUGGAAGCCUUAACCCCAUUAUCUACGGAGUACACUCUAAAGAGAUUCGGAAGUUUUUAAUGGAAUUUUUUUCUUCGAAAAAAUGUUUUGCUUGUAAAAAUGAAGUAUUUACAUUAAACAACUGAAGCAUAGGAAUGAACAACAUCAGGAACAUCAGGAAAAAAUGUGUUCACAAUAAUAACCUAUUUAGUAAACGGCCAAUGUGACUG